AAGAAAGAACAGUUUCAGAAGUGCACGUUCAUUCCAUCUGCCCACCAAUGUGGAUUGGAUUUGGAAAUAAGUGCUUUUAUUUUUCUGAAGACAAACAAAACUGGACAUUCAGCCAGACUUUCUGUGACUCAUUGGAAGCUGAUCUUGUUCAGAUUGACACUGAAGAAGAACUGAAAUUUCUGAAAAGAUACAAAGGCCCUUACGACCACUGGAUAGGCCUUAGCAGAGAAUCGCCAAGUCACUCUUGGAAAUGGACAAAUAAUACUGGAGGCAACACUGUGUUUCAGGUCAAAGGAACUGGGGAAUGUGCCUACUUGAAUGACAAUGGCCUGAGCAGUGCCAGGAUUUACUCGGACAAAAAAUGGAUUUGCAGCAAACCCAAUGUAUCCAUCUGUCAAAUUGCUUCAAACUCAUGA